GUUUAUGGUGCCAGCCAGGUCCCAGGUGAUGUUUUCUUUGAGAAUAGAAAAGAGCAGGGAAAGGAAGGAGAUGUUAGGAGUAGCGGCGGUGGAUCACGCCUUCCAUUCUUCUCAUCCCUUUCACCCCCAUCACACUUCCUUCUUCUCCUCCUUCCUACCCAAUCGCCUUCCCUUUAUUUCCUCCUCCUCCUCCUCCUCCGCAUCUCAUGGAAGAACCCUCUCUCUCACUCGCCCUACCAACUCCUCUCUCCGCGCCAAUUCGACCUCGGUCGUGCUUCCGGAGGGGGAAGAGGACGGCUUUGAAAUUGAGCUGGAGAAUGUCGGAGAACACAAGAAUCGUAGGAGGAGGAUUCAAUCCAGGAUCCGUGUUAACGCCGAGUUGGACACUGUGUGGAGCGUCUUGACGGACUACGAGGGCCUCGCUGGUUUCAUCCCCAGCUUGGCCGUCAGCCAGCUGCUCGACAAAAAGGACAAGUUUGCGCGACUUUUUCAGGUUGGCCAACAAGAUUUGGUCUUCGGCCUAAAAUUUAAUGCGAAGGGCGUUCUAGACUGUUAUGAGAGAGAUCUGAAAAUUUUACCUAAUUCUCGGAAGAGGGACAUCGAUUUCAGGAUGAUUGAAGGUGAUUUCGAGAUAUUCGAAGGCAAGUGGUCCAUUGAACAGACUGACUACCCCAUUGGCAGCGACCCUCAGAGUUUUGUAGAUGAAGAAUUCCAAACAAUAUUGUCUUACUUUGUGGAGCUUGUUCCCAAGCUUUGGUUGCCUAUUCGUCUAAUUGAAGGGAGAGUUUGUAAAGAAGUGAAAACUAACCUUUUAUGUGUCCGAGAACAAGCUCAAAGAGUUCAAAGAUUGAAAGGCGAAAUGCAUGACACCUGGUAAUCCAGAAAAAACACCCUUUUCUGCAGCAUGAUUUAUAUUUUGAUUAUAUUAACAUGGUGGAAUUAUGCCGAAACUUUGUGUAAUGACAGAGUGGGAAAGAGGAAAGGAAAGAAUAGAAGAAAUGAUGAUUUCAAUAAACGUUAAUUCCUUAUCAUGCA